AUGACGCACGAGCAGGAUCAAGCCAAGAAGGCCCCGCCCAAGGCGACCCGGGCGAAGCGGAAGCCGGCCGCUGCCGACGAUGGCGGCAGUCCAUCCGAAGAGGCACCCGUCGUUAAGCGGCCGCGUGGAAGGCCUCCCAAGGACCCGUCUAAACCAACGACGGGAUCUCCGUCCGUGAAAUCGCCAACGGCGAAAGCCAUCGCGACCGCGGCUCCUGUCAAGGUGAGGAAGGCCUCCGAUGAAGCGGCACCCAACGCCGAUCUGAACGUCCCGUCCACCAGCAAGGGACCAUUGCAAAAGGUGCCGAGAGUCGGCCGCAAAACGCAACCACGGAGCUCCUCCCCGGGUGAUGCCUCCUCGGUCGCUGCCAAGGGUACCAAGCGUCGCCACCGCUCGCGUAGUCACCAUUCCAGCAGCAGCCACCACCACCACCACCAUGCCAGGAGGGGAAGGAGCCGUGGCAGAUCCCGACACUCGUCCCGCAGCGGCCGAGGCGGCCGCAAACACAAGGGCAGUCGCCGAGGGACGUCUACCACCGGCUCGGAGAGCAGUCGCGGGAGAAAGCGGGGACGCCAGAGCCGACGACACCGCUCGGUGAGCAGCUCGUCUGCAGCGAGCACGGCAACCAAGACUGGCGGGAAACGGCGCCGCCACGCCCGCAGCAAACACUCGUCGUCGAGCCGUGGAGGUGGGCGUGUCAAGUCCAAGAAGGCGGGGAGCAGAUCGUCCUCGAGAUCACGGCGGGCCAAAUGGACGAGUGCUGCCAAGGCCGCGAAAAGUGGCAAACGCAAGUGA